ACUUUGACUCGAGACGAAAAGGGGAAGGCCGUCUCCGAUCAUCGUGGAGUCCGCGGCACAUAAAAGAGGGCCAAGAGGCAGAGAGAGCGAGAGAAGAAGCUCAAGACAGAGAAAGAGAGAAGAAGAAAAAAAGCUCUCAGAUCGAUCGGCAAUGGCGAUGCUCCUGCGAUCUGCCUUUAGCCGCGCGCUCCUCUGGCGAUCAGCAUCGUCUUCACCCGCCCCGGCGGCGUCCGUGGCAGCCUCUCGCCUCUUCAGCAGCAGAACCCCAGCAUCCGCCGCCGGCCCCAACAGCAACGACGACCCGCAGCAGCAGCUCGAGAAGUGCAUCGAGGAGACCAAGGAGCAGCUGCUGCGGCUGUACCUGAGGAAGGCGCCGUCCGCGUCGGAGGUGGAGGCCGACCUCGCCGGCCUGCACCGCCAGUUCGAGGCCGCCAAGGCGCGGCAGCUGGCCCACUACUCGGACCCCGCGGCGGCGGAGAUCUUCGACACGGAGCCCUACGAGGGGGACACCUCCGUCCCGGGCUACUCCUUCUCGGGGGGCACCUACGCCAGGGAUUCCUACUCCGGGAGCGUCUUCAUGGACGAUUCCGGGUCCGGAGACUCGUGGCGUUGACACCGAUCGAUCUAUCGGAUGAUCAUGAUUGAUGCCGCUCUGAGUUGAUUGUAUAUGUUGGUUAAUUAGAUUAAUUGAUCGAUGCAAGUAGUACGUGGUUCCAUGCGAGGCUCUGAGGAUGGUCGGCCGAAUUUUGAUUAGGUUUUAGCUAGCACAUGCGGGCGCGGCCGGCCAUUUUUUGUAGCAACUAGUUCGACGAGCACUGUGGAGAACUGGAGAUGAUGGUACCUUAGAGAAUCACAUUGCGUGGUGAAUGUCUGUAAAUCACACAUGUACUGCUGCAGCUGCAUGCAUAUAUGUGAUGGCUGAUCAUGAUUAAUGCCGCUAUCUCAUUAACUUGGUAUUUGAGAAUUACGCAGAAUGGACUGAGGAUUUUGUUAUAACAUCUAUACUCAUUGGGAUCUU